AUGGAGAACAAAAAUUUUGCCCAAAAUAUAUUCUAUAAAGGGUUCAACGAAAGGAGAGUGAAUUACCUAAGCGUUAAUGCAAACACAGACUUGGAAAACGCACACAGUUUGAAUAUCUCCUCUGGAGUGACUCCGAUAAAAAACGCCAACGAAGAAAACAGCAUGCUAAAAAUGAAUGCUCAGAAAGUAAGUGUAUCGAGACAGGAGGGAAACACGAAGAUUAAUCAAAACGAAUUCGUUGGUAAUAUUCAAAGCCACGUAAACCUUAACAGCAUGCACUCCAACGCGGGUUAUGCGAACGGGGGGCUCUUAUAUGUGGACAACAAAAUGGGCGGAGGGAACGUGAACAGUCACAUAUAUAGCAGCUUGGGGACGGCCCCCUCAGGUCUGGCAACCGCCGAUGGGAGUGCACACAAAAAUAUUUUCAGUCAAGGGAUCUACCCUGAUAUGAAAAGCUUUGAUAGAGUAGACCCCAACCGGCUUGACGCGAACAGGCUGAAUAUGAACACGUUUAGCAACAGCAGGAACGUGCCCAUGAAAAGCGGCGAAUACAUUUUUUCCGGGGCACAACAGCACUUGGGGUAUAUGGAGGCCAAGGAGGGGGGCAAGGGGGGUCCUCCGGCUGGGGGAGGCCGCGUGGGGAGUAACCCCAUUGCGGGGGGGAACGUUGGAGGGGCGCACAUAGGAAGUGGGAACGUUGCAGGGACGAACGUUGCAGGGACGAACGUAGGAGGGGCGCACAUGGGAGGGACGCACAUAGGAGGGACGAACGUUUUCGGGGCGCACAUUUUAGGGGCGCGCGGGAAGGAGAGCCAACUGGGUGCGUACCGAAUGAACCCGGUGAGUGGUGGACCCAUGCCAGCGUCGGGGAAGAGCGCAGCGCCGUAUGAGGGCGGCCACUCCCAAGGCAGUCGAGUGGACAGUAUGAUGAAAGACGGCCUCUUUGGCAGCAUGUACCGCACGAUUCAGGGCGUCACCAUGAACGCGAACGCAAACGCAAACGCAAACGUGAGUGCUAGCACAAACGCCAUCAUGAAUGCUAGCACAAACGCCAUCAUGAAUGCUAGCACAAACAACAACAUGAAUGCUAGCAGCGCAGCGCUGGGAAAUGCGCAAAGCAGCUUAUCCAACUUCAUUAAUGGCGGAAUGAACAGAAACAAACCCCCCCCAAGUGACACAGCCAUGAACCAAGUACCCUUUCAGACAGCGGAAAAUCUAAGCAACACCAAAAACACAAAUUUGAAAAUAUUUGACAAUCACAGAAAUAAAUCGAAAGACAUAGAUGCGUCGAAUAUGUCGACAAACCUGAGUCAGUUGAGUCAACUGAGACAGAACAUCUCCUUCAGUAAUUUUUCAAACACGGUGAGUAGCCAUCACCACAGGGUGAAUAACAACAAUAACCAAAACUUCAACCACAUGAGUAACUUGGGUAACACUAUGAAUAAGAUGGACACGUUUAACGUGCCAUCUACACAGGGGUCGAACAGUAUGCAUAAGGGGACCCCAUUGAACAGCACGCUUAUGAGUGGUGCGCUUAAUAGCAACGGUAUGGGCAUUCCAGGAAUGAACCUCUCUAGCGGGGGCAACCAUCACGGAGAAGGCAACCUUCAUAGCUAUGGAAAGCACAGCAUGACUAACCCGUUAAGUGGGAAUGCCCUCGGAAUGGACGGGGGAGGGGGAGGAACCCACUUCGCCGCGAUGGGCCACGACGUUGCAGUGGCGCAUGCGGGCAAUCAGGGCAGUCUGGGAAGCCAUAGAAAUAUGGGCAGCAUGGAAAGUCAUGGAAAUAUGGGCAGCAUGGCAAAUGCCCACCUGGCGGGCAUCCCAAUGGCUGAGGGGCACAUAAAGGGUAGGGGAAACCUAAUCAAUUACGGAUAUCUGCACAACAAGGGGAAGGUGGGUGACCUGAUUGGUAUGGGAGCAGAUGGCACCAAGGGAGGGAUGCUUAAAGACGCGAACUGUAAUUAUAGCGGCAUGAAUUUACUUAGUGGAGUCCCCCGUGCGAGCGGACUUCAUUAUGUAAGCACUAUGGGUGGGCAGAAUACCUACCCUGGGGGGCCACUCAAUUUGAAAAGCAAUUCGGAGAAGGCAGACAUGCAGAGAGAAGCAUCCGUGUUGAAGGGGGGAGUGCCGGACGGGAGUAGCUCACUCACCCGCACCGCCAAUCAGUGUACCGCCAACCAGUGUACCGUGAGCCAAAGCGCCCCAAACAACAACGUCAUCAGUACGGAUAACUACGCUAACCUUCUGAAGCAUCUAUGCACUCCUAUCAAGAAUAGACUCGCCAGCAACACCACAGAUAGGCUGAACAGUGUCAACAUUGGUGAGUACUCCAAUCAGGAGGGGAAAUUCCCAGGGGGAAAUGCCAAGGAGAGUAACACUUCGGGUGUGCAUGAGAGUACAGCGGCGGAUAUGUUCGUGGGUAGUGGGGUCUUCAAGGGGAGUGCAGACGAGGGGAAGGCGCAGGAAAACGCGAAUCUUGGCAGCAUCUCGGGUGGAGUCGAUUUUAGUGGAGACGGAGACGUUGUGCGUAAGGAUCCGCUGGACAGCAUCACCAGUAGCGCUAACGCCAGCGGUAAUGUCAGCGGUAUCCCUAGCGGUAAUAUCGGGGGGGGAGCGCCCAGCUGGGGUCACGUGUACGACUUGAAGAAGAUUAAUCGGUUCGCCGAGAAGAAGCGCAGGGACGAGGAGGCGGCGGAGGCAGCGGAGGCGGGAUGCACGAACAGUGGUGGGAACGGCCAGGAUCGCCAAGAUCGCCAAGACAGUCAGGACCGCCGGGACCGCCAGUAUCACACCCACGGUGAGAAGCAGGACUCCCACGAGUGCAUCGACCGACGCGACGAAGGGAAGAACAAACACACCAGGAGCAGCAAAACGAAAACGAAGGUCUUCUUCUACAUCAACCCCAAGUACAUCAUCGAACCAUUGAAAAGAAAAAUAUAUCAAAAUAUGUCACUUUAUAUCGAAAAUUUAAUAAGUGACGUGCAAGAAAGUGAGAAUAAAAACCGAGGAGAGAUAUUGGCUGACCUGCACAACACUCCCUGGUUCUGCAUGGUAUUCGACUUCGAUGGGAUUAGCAAACUACUUAAUGUGUUUAAUAAAUAUUUGAUUUACUCGGACUCGUUAAUUAUCCCCGAUGUGCUGAUCGGGAAGAAAUUGGACGCGGGAAACACCUCCAGCGUGGUCGCUGCCCAGCCGAGUGGGGAAAACCAUCAGAAUGCAGAAAAUCAACCGAGUGGGGAAAACCAACAGAGUGGAGAAAACCAACAGAGCGGAGAAAACCAACCGAGUGGACAAAACCAACCGAGUGGACAAAACCAACCGAGUGGAGACCCCAAUUAUGAUCACACACAGCAGGGGCAAAGACAGUUUCAUCACUACUUCAAAAAAAGCGACAAGCUAGAUUUCAUUAACAAAAAAAUAAGUGAAUAUGAACAGAGCAUAAUCGAGAGUGCAGAAAAACUGUCAUAUCUGAAGGAGCUAUGUACAUCCAUAAAAGGGCAAACUGCCAAAUUGAGAUUGUUUGCAUACAAAAGCAAAGAACUACAAACCAUUAUCGAUAUAGAAAAAAAUUGUGGAUUGGCCACUGAGGAACAUCAACAGAUUAACCUAACGAACGAAUACUAUGAUAUGUUCAAAAAGAUCAAUGAUGGUUUAAAUUUUUUAAAAAAAUACUCCAACGUGAUAAUUUCAACACAGACUAUGCACGAUGAAAUUACUCACGAUGAGGAGAAUAAUCACUUUUGUCAGUCUUCUGUUUCUACUGAUGAUUUAAGCUGCGAAAAUAAUUUUAAUGGAGAUGAGGAGGAAGAGGAGGGGGAAGAAGAAGGGGAAGGGGACGACGAUGAAUACGAGGAGGAUGAGGAAGGAAGGAAGAAUCCACUCCACGACGAGUUCGACGAUAAAGCCGACAAGGACGUGAGCAAGAAGCGGAAGACUGUGAACCAGAUUAAAAACCUGCAGUGGGAGAAGGAGGACAACGAGGAGUGGGUCGACGAAUUUUUGGAGGACUUCUAA